CAGUGUGAAACAGUCAAUGUUGAACGCUCAAGUCAACCUUUCAUUCUGCAAAUAUAAGAAGAAGAAAACAAUCGCAACUAAACGAAAAACUUCGUAUCAUUCUCAUCAAGUAAAUUCAAGAAUUAAAGGCAACAUCAUGAAUUCUGCACCGGAAAAAUCUUACCAAAUUGGCCAAGGUCCAAUGGGCGCGGGUGUUGUAGCCCAGCUGUCGAGCGUCCAUCCGCUGAAGUCGGCUGAAGAAAAUUACGAGCAAAGUGUCUUCGAGCGCGAUAUGCAAAUGCUACGCAAAUUUGAAGGUCUUCAUGCCCCGUUAAAAUUGGCAAUGGAACGUCAUGCAUUCAAGACUGUUGGUCGCUUAGCCUGUUUGCCAUCCAGCAAUGCGCAUUUGGACGUUCUAAGCGGUCGCGAUGAAAUGAUCGACUUUACAGAUUUUCUUGGUGGAGCCGAGUAUUCGGAGAAGCUCACCAAUCCGCAUGCUGUUGUUGCGAAAAGUUUGAACAUUUUGUAGGAUAAGGAACCUUUUUUGUAUUUUUCGGUUAGCUGUGAAUGAGGCGACUUUGUUUUGAUAACGGAAAUAAAUCGAGAGAGAAAUUCAAUCGCAAAACCAA